AUGUCGGCGACGCUUACAGGAUCGGGAACGGCUUUGGGGUUUUCAUGCUCCUCGAAGAUAUCGAAGAGAGUUUCUUCUUCGCCGUCAACCCGUUGCUGUGUCAAGAUGACUGCUUCCGUCGACGAGAAGAAGAAGACUUUCACUCUUAAGAAAUCCGAGGAAGCUUUCAAUGCCGCUAAGAAACUAAUGCCUGGAGGAGUGAAUUCCCCUGUUCGAGCCUUCAAAUCCGUCGGAGGACAACCAGUGUUGAUAGAUUCCGUCAAAGGCUCAAAAAUGUGGGACAUUGAUGGAAACGAAUACGUAGACUACGUUGGUUCUUGGGGACCAGCUAUAAUCGGCCACGCCGAUGAUGAGGUUCUUGCUGCUCUAGCUGAGACGAUGAAGAAAGGAACAAGCUUUGGUGCUCCUUGUCUCUUGGAGAAUGUUCUAGCUGAGAUGGUGAUAUCAGCAGUUCCAAGCAUUGAGAUGGUCCGGUUUGUUAACUCCGGUACCGAAGCGUGUAUGGGCGUGCUUCGUCUCGCUCGAGCCUUCACCAACAGAGAGAAGUUCAUCAAGUUUGAAGGAUGUUAUCACGGUCACGCCAACGCCUUCCUUGUGAAAGCUGGUAGUGGUGUAGCUACUCUAGGGCUACCUGACUCUCCAGGUGUCCCUAAAGCAGCUACUUCGGAUACUUUAACAGCUCCUUACAACGAUUUGGAAGCUGUUGCCAAGCUAUUCGAGGCUCAUAAAGGAGAGAUCUCGUCGGUGAUUCUCGAACCUGUUGUUGGGAACUCUGGAUUCAUCACUCCUACUCCGGAGUUCAUCAACGGUUUACGUCAGCUGACGAAAGACAACGAUGCGUUGCUCAUCUUUGAUGAGGUCAUGACUGGCUUUCGUUUAGCUUACGGUGGAGCUCAAGAGUACUUUGGCAUCACGCCUGAUUUGACAACUCUUGGGAAGAUCAUCGGCGGUGGUCUUCCCGUUGGAGCUUACGGUGGAAGAAGAGAUAUUAUGGAGAUGGUUGCUCCGGCAGGACCAAUGUAUCAAGCCGGGACGCUAAGUGGUAAUCCACUGGCGAUGACGGCAGGGAUUCACACGCUGAAGAGGCUGAUGCAGCCAGGAACGUACGAGUAUUUGGACAAGAUCACUAAAGAGUUAACGAACGGGAUCUUGGAAGCCGGGAAGAAGACAGGGCAUCCGAUGUGCGGAGGUUACAUAAGAGGUAUGUUCGGUUUCUUUUUCGCGGAAGGACCGGUUAACAACUUCGAUGACGCGAAGAAGAGCGACACGGAGAAGUUUGGCAAGUUUUUCAGGGGGAUGUUGGAGGAAGGUGUUUACUUUGCACCGUCUCAGUUCGAGGCUGGCUUUACUGGAUUGGCUCACACUUCUGAGGAUAUACAGUUCACUAUUGCUGCGGCUGAGAGGGUUCUUGGUAGGAUCUAA